AUGCCACGAAUAAAUAAUGAAGAAGAGGGCGCAAAGAUGAAACGAGGCAAGGGCAAAUUCGAACCGGUAUUUGUCUUAUCGGGCUUUAAAACUAAAAACGACGCUAAAGACUUUGUGAAAGCGAUUGAUGGGUCUCAUGUUAGGGGCAUAUUCAUGAGUGAAUAUAACAAACUCAAAAAAAUGGAAGAUAAAAAGUAUUAUAAAGGCAUGUUGAGGCGCAUAAUAUCAGUAAAAGCGAACUUUAUAUCUAAACAUCCCGACUCGGGAUUAUGGUGGAAACAAGAGAACGAUUGGAUAGCCCAUUGGCAUGCGACCGAGAACAAACAGCUUGAAACGGCAUUGAGGGAUGGUUGGAAGGUUGAUGGACAGGAGAUCGUUCGACAUAAAAUCUUGGAACUCGAUUAUGUACCUUCCACUAGACGGCCACCGAAAAAUCCAAAGAAAUCGUUUGAUCUCGCCAAGAAGGCCAUAUGGGAGGCUGGCGGCGAUCAAGGAAAAGUUGGGGAUCAGGAACGGUGGGCAAAAACAGAUGAAUUUACUUAUCAAGCAGAGUUGAACAAGAGGAGGAAGGAUGGCAUGCUUGCGUUCGAUUUUGGACAGGCCGCAGAUUUGCCUGUUUCCUUGUUAGCAACGGAUCCGAGGACAAAGUAUGCAGAGAGGAAAAAGGCUUUUAGAGAAAGAAUGAGAGCCAUUCUCGCAGAAAACGAUGAUAACGAUGAUGACUAUUAUCAUCAUUAA